AUGGUCAAAUCCGGCUUAUUUGUUUUGGAAAAUUUUAGGUGCAAACCCAGUGACGAAUUCUUGGUUGUCGAUGCUGAGUCACACUCAGAUUGGAUGCUUGUCACCUCGGUACAGACACGUCAAAGUGGAUACCUCCCCAAGUUCUGUCUCGAGAAAGUGUAUCCGGAUAUUAUUGAACGGCUGUCGUUUUUCCACGAAGACAGCACUUCUCUGGAACAACAGGAGCUACUGAAAAGAAACGGUCCGUUCAGCUAUCUGCUACGGUUAUGCGAUUCCAAUCCCGGUCUUUAUACCCUGCUCGUGUAUGAUGGAACUCGCAUCCUAAAGUACAAAAUUGCCACAAGCAUCGUUUGGUGGGCCACACCACAGCCUCAUGGCAAUGCUGCAAACAACGACGACAGUGGUAAAAGUGCUCCAACCACUACUACUUCAACAGCCGUGUCUUCGGAUGAUGUUAUCGAAGGUGGCAAGUGUGCGGAACCGAGUGCGACAGAUGGCGCAUCAAAUUCUCUCUCCUUUCAGCCCUUCACUAAACCA